AUGACCACAGCACACAAUACCUCUGCAUGUCCAGUUCUCACUGGACCCAACAAUUUCCAGAUAUGGAAACUCCAGAUUAUCUCCAAGCUACAUCGGGAAAAGGUUCUCCAAGUUUUUACUGGAGAGGAGUUCAAGCCCUCACCAGGAAAGCCCACCUCCUCAGAGGAUCCUGAAAUCACCUGGAUACUCAAGGAUGAGAAGGCACAUGGAAUCAUUCAGGAUUACAUCUCUGAUGCCCUCCUUGAUGUGAUGACAAAAACUGUAAAUGAAAAGACUCUCAGUCUUUCUGCUGGGAAAGGUCAAAAGAAGAAGGGAAAGGAGAAACACAAGGAUAAAGGAAAAGAGAAGGAAAAGGGAAAUAUGGUGGAGCAAUCAUCUAGAUCUGACUCCAAGGAGGAACAGAGUCAUAUUGCAUCAGAACAUGUACAUGUUUCCAAGCCCCUUGCUAAACGCUGUCGAUAA